AUGGCUGACGGCCAAGUCACCAUUCGAACUCGCAAGUUCAUCACCAACCGCUUGCUCUCGCGCAAGCAGAUGGUUGUCGAUGUCCUCCACCCCUCCCAAGCCAACGUCUCGAAAGACGACCUCCGCGGCAAGCUCGCCGAAGUCUACAAGUCCAACAAGGACCAAAUCAACGUCUUCGGCAUGCGCACCCAAUAUGGUGGCGGCAAGUCCACCGGCUUCGCCCUCAUCUACGAUUCCGUCGAAGCGAUGAAGAAGUUCGAGCCCCACUAUAGACUCGUCCGUGUCGGCCACGCGAGCAAGAUCGAGAAGGCCAGUCGGCAGCAGCGCAAGCAGCGGAAGAAUAGGAGCAAGGAGUUUAGAGGCACGGCGAAGACGAAGGGUGGAAAGAAGAAGAAGGAGGGCAAAUAG